UGAUGUAGGGAUUCUGAUUUACAGAGUUCUGGUGUGUGACAGAGUGAUUGGAGGGAGUUUUUUUUAUGGGAGCACUGAGAGAGCAGACCUUUACUGCAGGGACACUGAUGUAAGUGGUGGUGACAGUCUGUUAUAAAUCAGCCAGUGAUUACGACCAGUUAGCACAAUGCUUAGUUAAGGGACUGUGUUCUGUGACAGCACGCCGAAUUACUUAAAAGAGGGAGAGACCCAUAAGAUGCUUCCAGUUGGGAAAGUAGUUUGGUGGCAACACAGGUGGUAAAACUGUUCAGAGAGAGAAAGUUGCUGGUUGUUGCAUACCUGAGAGGGAUCGUUUGGUUACAGCAUACACAGAUACUGUGACAUUUGUUAGCUAACCAGUUGACAGAUAUAUUGGUCAGCGGAACAGGUGAAACUCUAAAACCAGAGCUACUUGUUUCCCUUCUGUUAAUCUGGUCAAAUGAAAGAACACUUAUGUCAUUGGUUUUUGUUGACCAAUUUCAUUUUAGUAGAAACUGUACUAGAGCUGAUUAUUUUAUACCUGUUGGAUCAGAGCAUUCGAAUUCUAGGAUUCAGUUAGAAGGCAAAAGCAACAGGUGUUGGAAGUGUUGUAUUUGUUUUACUCUAGAUACUUUGAGUGUGGUCAGCUGGCUGGACAAGAAGUGGACUUUUGAUUGUAGGAAGAUUGACAAUAUUGCUGCUUUUAACGAAAUUUGACAAAUUAAUGGCAUUCACGUGAUUGUUUCAGUCACUGCAUUGUUGUUGUUGGCUGUCAUAACUGUAAAGUGGUCACAACAGGGAGUGAAGCGUGACAGAUUCUUCUGGGUUUUUUUCUUCCUAGUUCCUGGUUUUGGUUGGCAAAGACAGUAGCAGUGAAGUUUCACUUUUAUGGAGUUGACUUCCUAAUAGCAGAACUUAUUACGCCUGACAGCUAGGAAGUUUGAAAUUACUCAAUGAUUGUUGGUUUGUUUCAUUGUUUUUUUUUAGCUUACUGACAUUAGAGAGGACACACAAACAUCUAUUACAUAUGAUUCUGCACUGAAAAAUAUAUGGUAAAAUACGUGGUUAUAUAGUGAAUUGAUGUAACACACCUUUGAGAACUUAAUUUGGCAGAUGAAUUGCCUAAAAGCAGGACAGACUUGCUGAUUUGUUGUUUGACUUCUGGAACUUGCUCAAAGAAACUACGUUGCCUUUUUGUGAGGUGAUAAAGAAAAUCACUGUAGCCUAUUUCCUCUCUGAAAAGGAAAUGAUCCCACCAAAAAAUUAGGAAUGUAAUUAACACUCCAAGGUGGUGAUAAUAUGGCAGAGUUCUUUCAGUGAGAGGGUUUCAGAACUGCCAUUUGCCAAAGCAAUUGACUGCUGAGAUCUGUCAACACCAGGCUAUUUGGUUAAAUGAAAAAAAAAAAGAAUCUUUUGUUAUAACUGCCAAAAAAAGUGAAGGAAAAAAACAAAACAACUCCGAUGCAGAGGUAUAUUCAGCUCUACGAUGCUCCUUAUUCCACUCACGGUUUCAAGACGGAGCCAAUGUCAGAGGUAUACGAUUCCUCAGGGGGGAGUCCUUAUUCCUCCGCCAGUAGCCAUUCUCCGUACUACCCAUCCUACCACGGCACGGCCUAUGGGUAUUAUGACCCCAGACCCGGGACCCAGCCCCUUGCUCCGCCCCCAGCACCCCUGGGCUCGCCUCAGAUGUAUGAAGAUUCUGGAGACCUGAAUAAUGUCCAAUCGUUGGCCUCCAUGUCGUCGUCUGCGCUGGUGGGCAACCAGACCAUGAGCCAGUACUGUGCCAUUUGCGGCGACAGGGCAACAGGCAAACACUACGGAGCUGCCAGCUGUGAUGGGUGUAAGGGCUUCUUCAGAAGGAGCGUCAGAAAGAAUCACGUAUACACAUGCCGAUUCAGUCGGAAUUGCAUCGUAGACAAAGACAAGCGAAACCAGUGUCGGUACUGCCGAUUAAAGAAAUGUUUUCGGGCUGGGAUGAAAAAAGAAGCUGUUCAAAAUGAGCGUGACAGGAUCAGUGUCCGGCGGACCAGUUACGACGAGGUUGCUCAAAAUGGUGCUUUAUCCGUCAGCACGUUGCUCAAUGCUGAAAUUCUAUCCAGACAGAUAUCUUCCCCUCUGGGUAAUGUGGACAUAUCCCAAAAGAAGCUUGCCUCCAUCAACGAUGUGGUGGAAUCCAUGAAACAACAACUGCUGGUGCUGGUUGAAUGGGCCAAAUACAUUCCAAGCUUCUGUGAACUGCCUCUAGAUGACCAGGUCUCCUUGCUCCGAGCACAUGCCGGAGAGCACCUAAUCCUUGGUGUAGCCAGACGGUCCAUAUCACUCAAAGAUGUCCUGUUGCUAGGCAACGACUACAUCAUCCCACGCCAUAGUUCAGACCUCGAGGUCAGCCGCAUAUCGGGGAGAAUUCUGGAUGAGCUUGUCGUCCCCCUACGAGAGGUGCAAAUUGAUGAUUCAGAGUUCGCCUGCCUGAAGGCCAUAGUGUUUUUUGACCCAGGUAUGAAGUUCCAACAUUUGGGGGAUACAGAUGCCAAAGGGUUGAGCGACUCCGCCAAGAUCAAAUCCAUGAGAUACCAAGCACACAUCAACCUGGAAGACUAUAUCAAUGACAGGCAGUACGACUCCAGAGGAAGAUUUGGCGAGAUCCUGCUAAUGCUGCCUCCCCUGCAGAGCAUCACCUGGCAGAUGAUAGAGCAGAUCCAGUUUGCCAAACUGUUUGGGAUGGCCAAGAUUGACAACCUGUUACAGGAGAUGUUGCUAGGAGGACAGGUGCAGGGAGCUGGAACUGAGGAGGGAGCAAGUCAACAUGUCCCGACAGUUCCCAUGGCAACACCCUCUAGUGUACAUCCAGCUGUCUCUUAGACGGAAUCCUUGCUAAAUAAAGAAAUCCAAGGACUAGGAGAGAGAGGAUUGUUUUUAAUCACCUUGAAGCCAUAUCAGCCAAUUUUCCUGAUGAUUGGAUGAAACCUGGGUUAACACCAGUACAUCUGUCUUGAUUUUAUCGUUAUUUCGAGCAAAAGGAAAUAACAGGCCUAGGAUUGUCAUCUACUUAACUUUAAAAUAUGAGCACAACAUGCACAAAUAUUUAUGGACCUUAAUAUAUUCCUGGUAGUUUUUAUUAAUGAUGUACAGGUGCACUGUAUAGUAUGAUAUUUUAUGAAUAUUCAUAUGACUGGGUGGUCCAUAUGCAUGUAUAUAUAUAUUUGAUGCAUGUGCCAUGAGAAGAAGACCAACAUAAUAUAAUGUUGUCUGUUUCUUACACCAAGUGGCAAAAUUGAAAAUGCUAAAUUUAACAAUGUCAGAGACGAGUUCUCAGUUAGAUGCAAACAAUGCUGACAGGAAGGAGCCCUGCUUGAGGUUGUGAAUUUGAUGUGGCCAUUAUUUAUGGCACACCUGUCAUUUUUGAAAAACCAAAUGAACCAAAACCAUUGAUGAUUUAUGAAAUGGUGUAGUGACAGCCAAGAGUGUGUUAUGAUCACAUGAAGUGGAGGGAGAAUGCACAGAUAUACCUGUGCAAUGUUGAAGGUUUUUAGGAUAAAAAGGGUGCUUGGUAAAUCUAUGAGAAGCUGUAUAUUGAAUUGCUUAUCUAAUUAUCUAGAUAGAAUAGACACACACUCACACACUGAAGUAUUGGCAUUAAGUAUAACUGUAGUGAAGUGUUUUUUAAAAAUCAUUUGUUUGUUAUAUAGUUAACAUUUUAUACUGAGAAAGAAGCAUUAAUGUUAAACUUGAUCUCACAGUAUGUUUGUAGAUAUGUGCAGAAGAGAGAAGUUAUAAUACAAUAAUAUGAUAUAAUAGCCAUAUUCAUUUUAUGCCAUAAUAGUAUAUAUUAGUGUUCAUAAGUCUCUCUCUCUCUCUCUCUCUCUCUCUCUCUCUCUCUCUCUCUCUCUCUCUCUCUCUCUCUCUCUCAUUGUUCAUAUUUCAUAUCAAGCUUUAACUAGUCAGCAACAAACAAUGCAAAAGACCAUGUCUGCCUGUAUAAGUAGAAAUCAUAUAACUGUGUAUGAUAGGAUACUCUUUUUUAAGUACAGAACAGUGAAAUUAUACUACAAAAUAUAUAUAUUGCAUUUUCAUGCGUGAUGACAUGUUGCAGUGGGUGCUAAUGGCAAUGAUGUCAGAUGGUGAAAAUUCCAAACCCAGUUUUUACUGUGGCCUCUAGAGUCUACCCACGUUUUGUUGUUGUGGGCUUCAGAAUGAUGUCACAUUUCCGCUGAGUCAAGAUUUAAUAGAAGGAGAAGGUAGUGGGUUGUAAAUUGGCAGCGUGACCAAUGAACAAUGAAUUACCACAAGUUUACAUAAAGGCGAAAAAGGAGGUGAGGUGCUUAAGGAUGAGCAUGGGUGCUGAAGUUGAUGAAAGUUUCAAGCCAGCCAAUGGAGAAAUCCUAGUGAACUAGUUGCCGUUUAUGAGGCCAUACUUUAACACUGAAGCACUUCUUGAUUUUUUGUUUAAGAAUGCUUGCAGCAAACUGGCCAUGCAGACAUUGUUUAAAGCUGCAUUUUAAAACACAAAUGUCAGUUAAAAGUCAAAUACUGUUUGACAGAAAGUAUACCAAUUAGCAAAAUCUCUGAUAAUUGUGCUGUGCCACCUUUUAAUUGUCACCCUUCCACGCCCUCACAGCCCCCUAGCCAGACAUAGUUAAAAGUACACUAAAUCAUUCAAGCUCUAGUGAUUAAUGAAUUCCAGAAAUUCAAUUUCCUGGAAUGUCCCUGUAUACAAAACAAUGCUGAGAGAAUGAUAAACAGUGUCUCUAUGUCAGGGGUGCUCUGCUAAAGAUAUUCAUUCACUUUCACAUCUGUGGGCGGCUUAACAAGGGCAAAUUCAGAGUAUCAUGAAAGUUGGGGAAGGGAUUGAUCUGUCAUUUUCUCCAGCCCUAUUCCCACACUUAAUCUGAUAAGAUUUUACUUGUAAAGUAAAAGUUAUAAUUUAGGGUAUUCUACAAAAUAGAAGCACCGAAGCAUGCUGCUGUGUUGCCUUUUGUGCCCCGGCUUCUUUAGGAAAGAUUUUGUAUCUGGAAGGGUAGGAGCAGGAGAAGCAGAACUGACCUGUGUCUGUUCUUCCCCAGGUUCAGCUCCAUGUCUGUAUGCACCAAAAGUUGAGUUAGAAAUGUGAAAACUGAUGGUCAUUUUAUAAUUUGGUUGUGGACUUCGUGUAUGCACUAUACAUAGUGACUCUUCACUGCAUAUAAAAGAGUACAUGAAUGUGUUGGUGUCUUUUGAAACAUAUUAUAUGGUUAUCAUAUCCAGAUUAUUUAUAUUUUUUAAGAAUCCUAUAACUGUAUCAUAUUCAUUAAUUUGCCUGCAGGGUGGCAUAGAUUUUUUUAAAUUGGUGAUAUGUGACAAAUUUAAAAUCAAAUUAAGAUAAAUGCACAGUUAAUCUAGCUGCAGGAUGAAUCAUUAUUCUUUAAGGCCAUUAUUUAAGUUAGUACUGUAAGCAUGACUUGUACUGUUACUUACAUCUUGUUUGUUUUGGUUGAUUUUCCUGAAAAUCAAAUAAUUGUCUCCUUGUAUAAAUUGCCUUGCAUGUUUAAUAAUUACAACUUUUUUUGAAAAUGUGCAUGUUUUAGCAUCAGGAUAGUCUCUUUUUUUUAAAACCAUUUUUCCAUUUAGAAAUAUAUACAAAUUACAUUGUAUGCGUCAAAUAGGUCCUUAAAAUGAAUAAUGGCAAUUUCCUUCUCCUUGCAUCAUAUGUGAUAUUAACAAAUUGUGCUUUUUUAAAAAGAUCUUCCUGAUGCUAUGAAUCAAAUAGUCCAGAAAUGCUUUGAAAAAGAAAAAAAGUCAGUGGGAAGAGUGGCACAAUAAGGUACUGUUCACAGUGAAUUUUGUUGACAUCCAUGCCCCUCCUUGGAUUGAGAAGACUACAGAAAAGCUGGUGAUUAUACGAGUACCUUGGCAACAAGAGUAGACAUGUAACUCUGUUAAUCUGAUUGCAUUCAGCGAGAGUCCCCAUGGAGUUAGUGCACACUAGCCAGGUGGACAAAAUGCAUUGUGAACGGUUCCUAAGAAUGACUCCGUGCCUUUUCCAUGCUAUGCAUACUAUCAUUUGUUACAGCGCGACUAAAUUAGAGAGUUAUAAAAGUGCGAGUCAUUAGUUUUAUCACCAGGUGUCACCAGUGUGGUCCCCCCAGCUGGCAGCAAAAGCAACAACUCAAUGCAAACUAUUUUGAUGGUGGCCAUCGCGUCACUUAUUUUACAGAAAAUGUACAUAAGUAUGUGAAAUGUAUGAUUAAUGUGUAUCUUAGGUAUCUAUAUACUUAGUUUUUAUUAGGGAGCAAUUGUGAAUUAUUAGUAGAUUUUUUUAAAAGAUGAUUUCUAUUGAAACUUCCCUUGUUGGAUCACUUUUAACUGCUAUGCAGGGGAUAAUUAUUACUAUGUUUUCCAUGAUAACUUACAUGAAUACCAGUCAGCCACAUUUUGUUUUAGUAUUUUAGGUCCCAGAGAGCAAUACUUCAGUCUGACUAUGGCAGAGUGCUGCUUCUUCAUACAAAUAUCCACAAAGUCAUGGCAUUGUUUAUAUUAAAAGUGGUAUUUGAUACUUCUAAUUAGGUUAUAGGGGCAUCUUGGUUACCCUGGCUCAGAUAUUGAAAAGAUAUUUUUGAAGACAUUUAAAAGUAAUAAUGUUCUUGUUAGGUGUGUUAUUCAAUAUAAUGGAAGUCUUUGUUUGGUCUUAGCUCAUGGCGGAGCAAAGUGAAAUUUGUUUUAAGAAGUGCAUGUAAUUGUUGAGUUUUUGUGUGUAUAAAUUUGAUAUCCCAUGAGAUCCAAUGACCCAUAAUCUUCCACUGUAUUUUCACAGUGAAAAUUGUCGAAAGAGUUGAGUAUAUUGUCUGUUAGAGUGUAAAAACAUGAUUUUUUUUUUCUGCAAGGUCAUAAGCAUUAGUGUUAUAUACAACAUAACACCCCUUGGUAGUUUGUGGACCAGUCGUUACUGUGACCUCUGUCAAGGUCAUUGGUCAGUACAGUGACCUCUGUCAAGGUCAUUGCUCAGUAUAGGGGUUAUUCAGUAUAGUGAUCACAUGUGCCAAAAUACAGAUCGCAUUGCAUUGAAGCUUUGUAUAUAGCGCACGUAUAGAUGAAUAAAUUAAUACA